AUGCAAACUGAAAGCAUACGAGACUGGGCGUUCCUUCUUCAGGGAGGCGAUUGCGCUGAGAGCUUCAAGGAGUUCAAUGCUGAUAAUAUCAGGGAUACUUUCAGGGUUCUGCUGCAGAUGGCCGUUGUCCUCAUGUUUGGAGGCCAGAUGCCUGUCAUCAAGGUAGGGAGGAUGGCGGGUCAGUUUGCGAAGCCAAGGUCCGACCCAUUUGAGGAGAGGGAUGGGGUAAAGCUGCCAAGCUACAGGGGAGACAACGUCAAUGGUGAUGCUUUUGAUGAGAAAUCACGGAUUCCCGAUCCACAAAGGAUGAACACUGCCUACAGCCAGUCCGUUGCAACUCUCAAUCUCCUACGGGCUUUGGCAACUGGAGGUUAUGCUGCCAUGCAGAGAGUCUCAGAGUGGAAUCUCGACUUCACUGAGAACAGCGAGCAAGGGGACAGGUACCUGGAAUUGGCAAAUCGCAUUGACGAGACCCUAGGUUUCAUGGCUGCAGCCGGGCUCACACUCGACCACCCCAUCAUGAAAUCCACUAAUUUCUGGACAUCUCAUGAAUGUCUGCUCCUCCCUUAUGAGCAAGCACUCACUCGUGAGGACUCCACCACCGGCCUCUACUAUGAUUGUUCAGCCCACAUGCUCUGGGUUGGCGAAAGAACUCGCCAGCUUGAUGGAGCUCAUGUCGAGUUCGUCCGAGGCAUCGCCAAUCCCCUUGGCAUCAAGGCAAGUGAUAAGAUGGAUCCAAAGGAGCUGGUGAAGUUGAUUGAGAUCUUGAACCCACAGAACAAAACAGGAAGAAUCACUGUUAUCACGAGGAUGGGAUCGGAGAAUAUGAGAGUGAAGCUGCCUCAUCUGAUUAGGGCAGUGAGAGGAGCAGGACAGAUUGUUACUUGGGUUAGUGAUCCGAUGCACGGGAAUACAAUCAAGGCUCCCUGUGGCCUCAAGACUCGUUCUUUUGACGCGAUUCGGGCAGAGCUGAGGGCAUUCUUUGAUGUACACGAUCAAGAGGGUAGCCACCCCGGUGGAGUUCACCUGGAGAUGACUGGGCAAAAUGUGACCGAGUGUGUUGGUGGGUCCCGAACUGUCACCUUCGAUGACCUGACCUCUCGCUAUCACACCCACUGUGACCCAAGAUUGAACGCAUCUCAAUCCCUCGAGCUCUCCUUCCUCAUUGCUGAGAGACUCCGCAGGAGGAGGCUCCUCUCGCAAGCUCAGCUGCCAACCAGUCCAGCCUUUAGGUUCUAAGUAUGGAGUUUCUUGUUUAUUUUUUAUUUUUUAUGUCAGUGCGUAUGUCAGCUCUAUAACUUGUCUGAGUAGUACUGGUGAGAUAUAUGUACGUAUCAGCUCUGAGAAAUGUCUCUGGCCAUCGAAAAGUUAAUAAAGUCACUAUUGGAUGAGUUUUGUGAGUCUGUGGUUCAUCGAACGUUUGCAAGAUGGUCUUUUUAGUAAUAGAAUUCUACGAAGCAUGCUGAUGCUGCCU